GAUUUCAGGAGGGGAAAGCAUUGGAUCGAUAAAUUUGAUUUUUUUCCUUCGAGACACAGAUCAUUUUACAAUAGUCAGGAAAGGUGAAUAUAUAAGUGCUUCUAGAGCUUCCCUCGUGGAAAAAAAUUCUUCAUUUUUAAGGAACUAUCUCCCAAAAUCGAGCAAAGAAGUCCAGCGCGAGGCGUCAUACAUGUACGAUCGUACAUUUCUAAUCAUAGUUUGACCUAUUUCUGCAGUUUGAUGUGAUGAAUGAUGAGACGAGAUAUGGAACGUUUCCGUAUCUAAUUCCGGUCGUCCAAAGACACGCUUUCGAGCUCUCCACAUCCAGAAACAUGUGCUUUUGUAGUCAAAAACAAUUUACAAUUCUGGAUGGGUUCAGUUCUGGAUUUUUACAAUUUUAUGUCACAAUUUGCUUCGCAAGUUGAUUACUUCUCGAAGAAUGCGGUUCUUGCAGAAUGGAUUUUUCUACUCUUUCAUCACACUAUUUUCAGUAAAUCUGCGUGAUGCAGACACUCAAAGUGCAGAUUGUAGUCCGAAAACGAUGACGAAUCUCCGAAUAUCCACAGCAGAUGCUUACGUGGAGGCGUUGGCGACGUUCGAUCGAACAGAGAAGAGUGUGCGGACGCUAGUGAACGCCGUGAAGAGUAUGUUCGACUCAUACGACCUGCGAAGGCUCGACGAAUACCUGUGUCUUAUGUUAACGUUCCCGGCGCAACGACAGGACCUCUUCAUCGAUACGCAACUGAAUAUGCGCUUCGACUACAAUAAAAGUGGUCAUAUCGACAUCUUCAUCCACCGUAAUGAUGGCACCGUUUUUGCGAUCAAUUUUUACAACCAGCAGAUGGUUGAUAUAGACGUAAUAACCACAAUAAUAGUGGGGUUUGUGAAGGUUGCGUGCACAUUACUCAGCAUGGUCGGCAAGCAACACCUGUGCCCUGAGUAUAUUGGUACUCGCGCAGACACAAAAUCAGCAGCCUCGUCGUUACAUCCAACGCACAUGCGCUGGAACUCCUCUAAACCGUUCUUCGAGUCCAAGUUCAACGAGUUCCCCUCGUUCCAGUUCAACUUCUCCAAGUUCCGCUUCAACUUCUCCGAGCCGGACUUCUCCAUCGAGUCGAUCGACUUCGAUUCCUUCUUCAACUGCGACAAGAGCGACGAGGGGAGCGGUGACAGCGCCGAGGGUGGUGAAGUCGAGGAGUUCGCCAAGGUGCAGCAAGCCAGGCUCGUCACCGCCGGACGUCUCUCUGACGCCAUCGACGGAGCCAAGCUCCGAAAAGUUCUCGAGAAAGCCGCGCAGCUCCUUGACAACCCCAUCAAAUGGAAGAAACCCUUCUCCAUCGAUUACGAGAUCCCCGAAAGAUUCAAGUCUCGAGGAGUAAUAAAUGACUUAUCCUUGGAAAAUUUUUCUAAGUACAAAGUCAAUGCUGUUGAGGUGGAUGACACAGAUUUAAGCGUGAAAUUGAGUCUAGAUUCACUCAAAAUGGACGGCAUCUACGACAUGGACUUGGAGAUUUUCGACUCCGACUCCAAACUCACAGGCAAAGGACCCUUUGAUAUCAGGUCAGACAAUGUGGACGUUUCAAUGAAGAUGUCCCUGGAAGAAGAUGCUGACAGCUUUGUUUCUCUGAAAGACUUCAAGCUUGAGAUGAAACCAGGAGCACUAAAAGUGAACAUGACAGGAUUAUCAGGCGACGGAAAAUCGGAGGCGGAAUUGAACGAGCUCAUGGGCGGAAAGAUAUCCGCUCGGCUAGAAAUGCUCCACUCAGACCCUGAGGUCGGAGAAGCUGUCAAAAAAGUGGCGCAAAAAUACUGGGAGCUCUUGUUCGACGGUUCCACCAUCCACCAAAUCAACAGCGUCAUGGACGCCAUCUCCAUCACUUAACGAGCCGAAUCUGUACGCUCAUCGACAAAUUGGACAAAUUGUACAAAUUGUAGAUAUAUUAACGAUUAGACUCAUGUCCUGUUAGGAUUGUAUUUUAUAUUUCGGCGUGACUGUCACGUAAUCCUAGUUCAUUAUAGACAAAAGACUUGACCACGAUGGUUUCGCAACCAAACGAGGGGAGAUGAUCUCUGAAGGUUCAAGUCGGGUUCUUUUUCUUUUUCCUGCAAAAACCAUCGAUGACUUGGUAAGAAUGGUCCAUUUGCGGGGCUUGGAGGACAAGGCGCAUUGGUGCAGUUUUUGUUAUUUCGAGAAAUAAGUGUUUGAAAUUUCGAAAUUACUUACAUGGUUCCUUAUGCCGGAAAGAGAAUUCAAACUGACUUAUUGAUGCUUAAAAAUUGGAAUUUGGGAGCGAAUUUUUGACAAAAUAUACAUUAAGACUAUUUUCACUUGAAAUCAUUAAUAUCUCAAUUUCUCCAAAAACUGCACAUACCUAUGCGCCUUGUCCUCCAAGCUCUUCAUUUAAUGUUUCACGUCUUGGUGAUUUGAUUGAAAGAGCAUUAUUUUGGUUGAUAAGUAACUGGAAUACUCAAAUGAAUCUCAUUACUAACAAUAAGAUAGGAUAAUUAUGUUAUCCACAUUGGUAGAUUUCUAAAGUUAUCUUCCAAGAAUCAGAUCCAGCUGUGAGCAAUUUUGGACUUGGAUUAUAACGAAACCGAGUUUCUAAAAGUAUUCUCAUGUAGCUAAGAUUAAUUAUUUUGUACUCUCCACUAUGUCUUAGUAACUUUUAUAUCACUCUCUUUGUGUUCUCCAGAAUCUUUUAAUUGUCAUUAUUGUAAGUGACGUAAAAAAUAAACGUUUUUACUUUGCUCUA